CCAGGGGAUUCAGCAAAAACAAGUCACACACACCAGUCAAUCUAGUCUUUCUGAAAUUGCAAGCGAGCAAGCCUCAAAACUCCUCAGUCGAUCUUCCUGGAGUAAGAGGCCUGUCAUCGCAUUCUGUUCGAGCUGCCACUGACCACUGGCACAGGAUGUCACAGGGACGAUUUGUCUUUUCCCCUUCCGCUUUGCGCUCACUGGAGAGGGACAAGGAGCUGCUGGAGAGGGAACAAAGCCAGAGACGUCUGGCAGCUCCUGCAGUGACCAGCUACUUUCUGAGAAAGGAAGUGAGAGAGAAAAGCAUAGCAUGGAGUCACGGAUCUCCUCAGCGCCCUGCUUUGAUAUGCAAAGACCUAGUUGUCCAGAAUGCCCUGUAUACGGGGGACCUGGAGGCUCUGCGUCAACUGUUCCCCAAAGGAGCACCGGUCAAUCUGGUUAUUCAGCCUGAAGGAGGAGACAUGAUCUGGGUGAACAAGGGUGGACUUUGGUCUCUCGCCUACGAGCAGGAGCUCACCACACCCCUGCACAUCACAGCCGGCCGUGGCUUCACUGAGUGCUUGAGGCUCUUGCUCCUGAGAGGUGCUAAUGUUGACCUGGCACCAGGCGGCACCACUGCUCUGCACGAGGCCUGUGAGGAGUGCCAGGGCGAGUGUGCCAAGCUGCUGUUGUCAUAUGGUGCUAACGCCAAUGCGGUGAAUGAGGAUGGUCUCAUGCCCUUACACGUCUGCACAGAGCUGGAAUCCAUUGAAUGUGCUAAACACCUACUCCAGUUUGGAGCUGCUGUGAAUGGCCGAAGCCUGGAGGAGGAUGACAGUCCUCUCCAUGUGGCCUGCCGCCACGGCCUGCCUGACCACGUCAGCCUCUACCUGCGCUACGGGGCCCACCUGGAGCAUCACAACGAUGAGGGCAAGAGCCCGCUCAACGCCGCCUGUUCUCAGCCACAGGAGAAGGCUACUCUGGGCCGCUACUACCAGGUGUGCCAGCAACUGGUGGAGGCCGGGGCCAAGGUGGGCACAGAGGACCUGCAGCACCAGACGCCGCUGCACAUGUCCUGCAAGAACGUGAACCCGGACGUGGUGGACCUCAUGCUGAAAAACGGGGCCCACGUCAAUGACAUGUGCUACGGGGGCAACGCGCCCAUGCACAACGUGCUGAAAGAGGUGGCCUACAAGCCAGAGCAUGAGCCAGAGAGAGUGGUGCAAGCGCUGCUAAACUACGGAUCAAUACGAGUCUGGCCAGGAGCACUGCCCCAGGUUUUGAAAUACUGUUGCACUUCUCCUCGUGUCAUUGAGGUUCUCUUGAAUGCCUAUGACCGCCUCAAAAUCACAGAAGCCUGGGUGGAGGCUGUGCCACCCGAAGUAUUCAAGCAACACCAAGGUUUCUAUGAGUCAGUGUUCGCUCUGACCCAAACACCUCGGUCACUGCAGCAUUUGGCUCGCUUCAAACUACGGAACUAUCUUGAGGGACGCCUGACAAAGGUGGUACCCAAACUCGACCUCCCCAACUUCUUGAAGAAAUACCUUCUGCUGGAUUUCAGAGACUAUGUCCACUGAGGGCAGGUGUUUGUAACGCCUCGCUGCCCUUAUAUCCUGUAUAUAUGGUUGAACAUUGUGUCUUUCCACAUCUGUAUAAUCUGGGUAUAGGUUCACAUGAAAGCUGUUUCUGUCUUUAGUUUCUAUGCCAGACUGUAACUGCACAUAAUUGCACAUCAUUAUCUAAUGCUUGCAAUACUGAGUUGAAGGUUAUUUGCAAGAAAAGUGUGUUGUGUCCACUCUAUAAAGCAGAGUGGUCUUUUAAUUUGGCCACAGACGUGACUGCUCAUGGAUUUUGCCAGAGAAUGCAAUACUAUGAAAUAUGUAUAUAAUGGUUACACUAUACAAUGAAAGUGACAUGUUUUAAUGUAGUACUGUUGUUCAGACUAUUUUAGUGAAGUAUUCAAAUGACCAUCUGAAAGACAAUUGCAUGGUAGUCUACAAUAUUGGAUUAAUUAUUUUAACAAACUAAGAUGUAAUUAAACAAACAUAUUUAAAUAUUGAUUUAUAUAGAAUUUAUUAUUUAAUUUGAAAAAGCUUCUUAAUCUCAAUCAAAUAUUUGCACUGAAGAGGCAAGUCAUGCCAUGAAGAGCUAAUGCUUAUAGCCUACCACAAGGGGGUGCUACGGUCAUUAUGUGACCAAUUACAAAAUCGCUAAUAGUAGCCUACCUUUUCCACAGUCAAUUAAGUUUGGUGAAAUAGGAUUUAGGAAUAAGACAAUUAGCAAAACAAAAUGCCAUCUAAUAUAGAGAGAUCAAUGCCUUAUGAUGUUCAUUCAGAAGUUCAAUGUAAGCAACGCUGCACAAACCUUACAGUAGGCUAUAACUGUCCCAUGAGCAACAUCACAUACUCUUUGUAAUUUCAUAAAACUAUGCCGUAUAAUCUGAUUCAACAAGAUGCUAUUUGAAUGCAUUCCUUUUUUGAUGUAGCCUACCAUGCGGUCUAUUAUAUCUAUUAUAUUGCUUUAAAUGGUCAUACAAAUUGUCAAUAAAUCAUUGCAUUUUUUUUCGCCAUGUAA